UCGAAUGUAAACAUUUGCAAUAAAUUGUUACAGUAUCCUAAACCAGAAGCCGAGGAUCACACGUAGGAGUAGGCUAGUCAAUAAUCUUUACCAAGACUGACCCGAGGCAUCGUGUAUACAUAUAAAAUGAAUCUUCUCCGUUGUUUUGGCUGUUGCGCAUCGAAGCAGGAAAGUAAUGAGACGACUGAAUUCGGCAUGCUGGAUGGAGCAGGAGACGUGAGGGGCAAUUUUAAUGAGUUAGUGCUAGGAGGGAAUCGUAUGCCAAGACAUGUGACCGGAUCGGUUAGUUUGUGUGGAUGGGAGCAAACAGGAUGUGGGGUUGACGUGAUCGACUGGGAUGAAACCCCGUUUGAGAGGAGCUUUCAAAGCAAAUUGGCCCAGGCUAGACAAGGGGUCAUUGCUUUACGGUCUCAGUGUGUGGCAGAAACAGCAGAUAAUGUUUUGUCCACAAAGAUUAGACAGCAGUUUGCCAACAUAGACAAAGUGGAAGACAUCAUAAAUGGGCAGAUAAAGAAAGCAGCUGUUAUGCGUGAACAAAUGCAGCAAACGAAGGCGAGAUUGAAACAGAGGCAAGACCAGAUGCAAGAGGGUCAGAACGGUAGCGGGCCUGACAGUGCAGAGGAAACUAGGCAAGAAUACAAAACUGUGGAAGAGAUGGAGUGGCAUCUUGAUAAAAUGGAAGAGAAGAUGUUUGCUGACAAAAGAAGACUCGAUGAAAUGCGAUUUGAGGAACAAGUCUUCCGAAUUUUUGAGAAUUCUUGUGAAUCGACAGCAAAUGUUGAGGCAAUGGAAGAGUUUGGCCCAACAGAAAAAGGCAACAUUGAAAAAGGACUUGAUGAAGGUCUUUGUUGAUGUUGUGGACGCUCUAGGUGAUUAUGCCUAUUAUGACUACACUGAAGAGCCAGCGGCAGCGGCAUCUGAUUAUGACUUAAGCUGGUUGUCAGAUCUGCUCGACGAGAAUAGAGAUGAUUGUGAACCCAAUCCCUGUGAGAAUAAUGGUACCUGUGAAGUCAAGGCCAAUGGUGGCUACAAAUGCUUAUGUGUACCAACUUACAGGGGGAAACGCUGCGAGAUAUACGUAAGUCCCUGUAAGAAGGGCAACUGUGGUCGUGGUGAGUGUGUGCUGAUUAAGACAGCUCCCUUCUACGAGUGCAAAUGUACAGCCCCGUUUCGACCCCCAGACUGCAGAAAAGCUGCAGCCUGCAAACAGAAUCCUUGCCUAAAUGGGGGAAGUUGCCAAAAGGGACGAACCAGAUCUCAGUUUACCUGCCUCUGCCCUCUUGGCUACAGUGGAAAGCUCUGCCAAGUCGGCCCAGACGACUGCUAUGAGGGAGAUGGACAAUCGUACCAGGGUUUUGUGAGUGAGACGAUGGACGGUCACGACUGUCUGCCCUGGAACUCUCACCUUAUGAGAGACGGCGGCUUUGAUCUGGACACUAUAAGUGGCCUGGGUCCUCACAGUUACUGCAGAAAUCCUGAUGGAGAGGACGCCCCCUGGUGCUUCAUCAAGAUAAAGAAGAUGUUAGACUGGAAUUUCUGCAAUGUGACUAGGUGCUCUGGAACCACAGCCUUACCCAUGGUACCGGUCACUCCUGAAAUCGUCAACCCUCUUGGCACCCAGGCUCCCUCCACGCAGCCAUUUGCCCAGUGUGGCAAGCCUCAGCCUAGUGCCAUGACCCCCAGGAUCUUCGGGGGCCACAAGGUGAUGCCGGCGACCCACCCCUGGCAGGUUUCGCUGCAGGUCAGGCGCAAGCGCAGCAGGGACGAGUUCAGACACACGUGCGGGGGGAUCCUCAUCGACUCGUGCUGGGUCCUCACAGCCGCCCACUGCAUUAACAGGAUGAUGGAGAUGCAGGUGGAGGUGGGUGGUAUCCAUAUUGAGAAGAAGGAGGACUCAGAACAGAUCAUCCCUGUGGAGGAUUUCAUAGUUCAUGAGAACUAUAAGGAGACUAAAGAGGCUCUGUUCAAUGACAUUGCUCUUCUGAGACUGAAGGGUCCGGAGGGCCAGUGUGCCAGAGAGACCAGGUUUGUGAAGACGGCCUGCCUGCCUAGUGGACCGCUACCAGACUCCUCUGAGUGCUACAUAUCAGGAUGGGGAGAGACAGAGACAGAGUAUUACAGUACGAGGCUCCUGGCAGCCAAGGUGCGUCUGAUUUCGCAGGAGCGCUGCACAGCUCCUCAGGUCUAUGGUGACAGGCUGGACGACAGCAUGAUCUGCGCUGGGAGAAUGCAAGGGGCAGUGGACACCUGUCAGGGUGACUCUGGGGGCCCUCUAGUCUGUCAGAAGGAUGGUGUCCACUAUGUUUAUGGUGUGGUCAGCUGGGGUGAUGCCUGCGGUUUGAAGAAUAAACCUGGAGUUUAUGCCCGCGUCACCAAGUUUGUUGACUGGAUCAACUCCAACAAGCAAAAGAUCAAAAUGUGAAUCAAAGUAUAUGUGAGAGAGUAAAAGAGACUAAACACAAUAAGUGUGUGUGUGUGUGUGUGUGUGUGUGUGUGUGCUUGUGCGUGCGUGUGCAAUGCAUGUGUGCCUCCUUUGUCUCCUGUGUGUAUCCCAUGCAGGAAUCUUCAGAUGUAUCCAAGACAAAUGUUAAUAUUUUCUUAUAAUUCAAUGUACUAUAUGUGUAGUGCUGUCAAGCUUUUAACAAUUAAUUUGAAAUAAAAUAACAUUUGAAUUAAAGUGA